UUCUUCACUUACAUCAUGCUACGGAAGUGAAGGCGUGCCGAAGCAGUUCUCUGUGUCUGUGGGCCCUAGCCAACUACACCUGGCUUUAACGCAAGUAAACUACCCCAAAAUAACACACAAGUGGAUGUCAGUCUCCCAUAUUACAUGUAGAUAUUAGACACUUUGACAGCCAGCGGUGUGACAAUGGGAGCGAACAACAGUACCCGCCGCGUCUCAUUUGAGUCAGAUGAGAACGAGAACAUAACGGUGGUGAAGGGCAUACGGCUUUCUGAGAAUGUCAUCAACCGCAUGAGGGAACCUGCAUCUCCUUCGAAACAUCAACAUGUUCCCACUCCGACGCCACCUCCCGUGGCGCCCACCCUCACUCCCUCUCCUCUCCUGCGGCCAGUGCCUCCCCCCUUUGACCCGAUCACCUCCUUGCCUCCUCCUCCUCCUCUUGUAGAACCCGUUGCACCUUCAGCUCCUCCUCCACCUGUUCCAUCUGCCACAGAGACAGUGGCUGCACCUCCACCACCUCCUCCUCAACUUCCUACAGAACAGGUAGCAGCACCCACCAUAAUUGACAUGGUGCUCCCAGCUUCAUCACCCCCAGCUGCUGCUAAUGUUGUCGCUGCUCCUGCUUUUGAGCCUGUGGUGGCAACUCCUCCUCCUGCUACUGCUGCUGUUGAGCUGGUAACUUUGCCUACAUCUCUCCCUCCUCCUUCUGCCCCCAUUGAUCCCCAAAUCCCUGCUCCCUGCCCUGCUCCUGCUGUGGUGGAAGCCAUAACUAUGCCUGCUCCUCCUCCCCUUGUAAUUGAACCAUUGUCUCCUCCCAUCAAUCAAUCCAUUGCUCCUCCUUCCCCAGUAAUUGAACCCAUUGCUCCUCCUCCAGUAAUUGAACCCAUUGCUCCUCCCCCUGUGAUUGAACCCAUUGCUCCUCCCCCUGUGAUUGAACCCAUUGCUCCUCCCCCUGUGAUUGAAUCCAGUGCUCCUCCAUUCGUAGCUGAACCCAUGCCGCCUGUCCUUCCUGUCAAGAUUGAACCCAUCACCUCUCCCCCUCUUCCUGAAUCGGAACCCCUCUCUUCCCCUCCUCCUGUUUUCGAGUCUGUCACCACCCUGCCAGCACCCCUUGAUCUUUCAGGGGACACUUUCUCCCCACAGCUGGCUGAGCCAUUUGCUGCACCUCCCCUGCCUGAAUUUACUGCUCCUUGUGAACCAGUUGCACCUCCUCCUCAGCCCUCAGUGGAGCCAGUAUCUCCUGCCCCUGUCCCAGAGCCAGUAUCUCCUGCUCCUGUCCAUGAGCCAGUGGUAGUACCUGAGUCGAGUCCAGUCCCGCCACCUCCUGCCGCACCAGCGGUUGAUGAAGAGGCCCUGAGGAAGAAGAUCACCAAUGAGCUGUAUAAAGGCCUGGAGCGGGACAGGGCCAAGGCAGAGCAAGAGCUGCAAGCCUGGCUCGAGGCAGAGAAGACCCGGGCAUCAGCGCAGGCUCAGGCUGAAGCCAUGUCCCUAGUGCAGGAUGAAGUGUCCAAGAUCCUGUCUGCGGAGCGAGCCACGGCCCAGGACAGCCUCCAGCAGGCUGUCAUAAGGGAGAGGAUCUCCACCGAAGACGAGAGGCUCCGUGCUCAGCUCUACGCCAAGCAGCUGGAAGCCAGAGAAGCCGACCUACAGAAGCAGGAUGCUUUCUAUAGAGAGCAGGUGGCUCGUCUGGAGGAGAGGAGUGCUCAGUUCUACAAGGUCACCACGGAGAACUACCAUAAAGCUGCAGACCAAGUGAAUGCCAAGUUCAAGCGGUAUGAGAUGUAUCCUGUGUGUGCAGACCUGCAGGGCCAGAUCCUGGCAUGCUACAAAGAGAACGUUGGAAAAACCCUUCACUGCUCCAACAUAGCUGCCCUUUACCUACAGUGUGUCAACAACGCCAAACAGAACAAGUUGAGGACCGGGGGUUAAGGAAGAGAGAGAAAGAAAAGAGGGAGCAAUGAAGAAUUUAUUGUGUGGGAUUACUGAUUAUUGACCGACUGACAGACCAAACCGGAGAAAAAGGAAGAGAGGAAUGAGUCAGCACUAAGACACACACCCUCAAAACCCUGUGUAGUGGAGAACCAAACCAAACCUGACUGGAAGCACCCGAGCACAGCACCCUGAGAGAGAAACAGACACCUCUUCCCUUCGAUUCUUAUCUCCUUCCCUACCUCUCUUACCCCUCGUCUAUCUCUCCUGUGAGUAUAGCAGGGAGGCAGUGACACUGUCCGCCAUUUUGGAGACACAGCGAGGACCAACAGGUCAACCCUGGCCCGCUACAAGGGCAACAAAGAUGAACUGGAACCACCACCACAAGGAAGCUAGCCACCUCUAUCACAAGCCACACCUGGACUCCUCCCAUCCCCAUUUACUCCAGCACCCUUAGGGAAAUAAAUGUCUAUUUUUACUAGUCAAAGUCAGUCUUAUUUUAGUGUCCAUAAUCCAUUGCUUUCUAUGCACUAUCCUCUUCAGAUACACAUGUUCACAUCAGAUUCUGUGUUAUGUUAUGUGUGUUCUGUUAUGUUAAUAAUGUAACUAUCUGCAUGUUGAGUAUUCAUCCAGACCAACACUUCUGACAAUGUCUGAUCACAGGAAAUAAAAGAUGAAACGAUGCAGGAA